CAUUGUUAAAAAUUGUGAGAAAAUAUUGAAUCAAGAAAACUGCUUCUUAUCGGAUCUCUCUUUCUUUCUCAGUCAUGAUGAAACAAUAUUUGUUUAAGAUCACCGACCUUCCCGUAACCAUUGGUUUUGCUCUUGCUUCAGCGGCCGUUGUAGCUGUGGUUCAGCAGCGGGAAUUUCUCAUGGAUAUAGCCACGAUGAAGAAGGAGAAUAAGGCGGAGAAGAAGAACUUGAAGGAGGAGGAUAAAGCUGAGAAGGUGAACUUCAAGGAGGAAGAGGCGGCGGAGAAGCCGGCGGCGAACUUGAAGGAGAACGCCGAGUAGACGAGUUUAGUUUAGUAGUUUUUUAAUCGUUUGUUCAACGUCGGCAGCUAAUGAUGUUUAGUUUCUUUUACUUAAUUUUGUUUUUAAAAUUUAUUUUUAGUGUUAAGCAUUGAAGAACUGAUGACUACCUAAAUCCAAUAGUUUGCAAUAAAUUUGUUUAACCCAACCCUCAUCUUAUAUUUUACUUUCUUCCCGAA